AUCUUCUACAUACUACACAUGCCAAGCUAGUGGUGUCACGGCGUGUAUCAAAAGAGAAGUCGUUAAUCAGGCAUCAAGAUGAACUCCGACAGACAGUUCAACAUAAAUAUCAACCACAAUCACCUCCUUCUCCCUCACAACGCACAGCAUCUGAUUCCCGCAUCCUCAAGACUCACAGCUUUGAUUCAUAUCAAGUUCACCGAACUCCAACAUCAAUCACAAUGUUCGCCUCCGGUUGGAAGAAAGCCCUCAGCGUCGCAGCCGUCGUGCUCGCACUCUCAAGCGGCCAAGUCCUCGCAGCCUGCACCGACGGUCCCGGAUGGACCCCUGAAGAAUUCGCCGAAUACCAGUCUCUCAACGACACCGCCGGUUGGGCUGGCAUGGAAAAGCUCGUACAGUGCACCGUCAACGCCGAUGAACUCACUCCCGCCAAAUCCCAAGGAAGGAUCGAAGCUCGAGCCGGAGGUCGCCAGUGGCAGGGUUAUAGCGCCAGUGGAUGCUCUGGCGGUCAAACUGCUGUCACGUCCGGCUUUGGAUGCGGUGUUUGCGUCAGUGCUACCAACUUCUAUUUCUACAGUGGUUGGCUGUGGAGGGAGCGCUCGGGGAACCCUUACCCUACUGCUGAUUACUACACUCAGUCCGGGUGCCGCGGAACUAAGCUUCAUCACCAGGGUAUUGAGGGUAGCCAGACGUCGUCUUGCAAUGACGUUACUCGCGCUGCGUCUGUUAUUCUCUACCAGGGUUGCUAGUGGACAUCACGCAUGAGUUGGAUACGGAUGCUGACGACUGAGGGGAAGGGACGGGGUUGGGGGGUGGAGGAUGUGUAGGAAAGGGUGAGAGCGCUUUUGGACAUUCGUUUAUACAUACUUUUGACUAUUUUGUAUCUUUUGCAAUUGCUGAGUGGCUCGGAUGUACUGUUUAGGCUAUCAGUCAAUUUAAAAGAUCUUAUAACUCGCAGUGACAUGGAAUAAACAUGUGUGCAAG